AUAACUGUUACAAUUUAAUUUCCCACAUUUUCCCAGCGCCCAAACAGUACUAUUGCAUAACCAAACUCAACCAACCAAAUAGACUUUCCUCCGUUUCGAUCUAACACUUUCUGUGGAAAGAUAAAAACAAACACAGAGCAAAUUCGAAGCUAAAAGAUAUGAUCGGAGUCGGCAAGAUCAAGCAAUACUCUAAUGUCCUCGAUAAACCACUCAGUAAGGGCAAGCAAGAGGUCAGUUUGAGUGCAUUUGCAUUUCUGUUUUCCGAGCUCGUGCAGUACAACCAGACACAAGUUGAUAACAUUGCUGAAUUAGAAAGAAGGCUGGAGGAUGCAGGUUAUGCAGUUGGUGCUCGAGUUCUUGAACUUCUUUGCCAUAGGGAGAAGGGAAAUAGAAGGGAAACUCGAUUGUUGGGUAUUUUGUCUUUUGUACACACCACAGUAUGGAAGGUCUUAUUUGGAAAAGUAGCUGACUCCCUUGAGAAAGGCACAGAACAUGAGGAUGAAUACAUGAUCAGCGAGAAAGAGCUUCUGGUAAACAGAUUCAUUUCUAUUCCAAAGGACAUGGGGACUUUUAAUUGCGGAGCAUUUGUUGCUGGAAUAGUGAGGGGUGUCUUGGAUAGUGCAGGUUUUCCAGCAGUUGUAACAGCUCAUUUUGUACCAAUGGAGGGUCAGCAACGACCUCGGACAACCAUAUUGAUAAAAUUUGCUGAAGAGGUACUAAGAAGAGAAGCAAGGCUAGGCUAAUAUCUAUAUGUAGAUUUCAUGAUGUUAUGUUUGUCAAUGUUUUGCAAAAAGAGGCGAUGAUUGGUGAAUUUUCAGCUGACUUAUGAAACUAAUCAGGAUUGUUAUACCUGCCAAUCCUAUCACAUAUACUUGGGGCAUUAUUGCAGUCCUGUAUUCAAUUUAUGUACACUCCUUUUCACGGCACGGUUAUAAUACUGAUCUGGUAAAAGCAGUUGUUGCCACAGCAGUUGAUGUAAAGUAUAUAUUCUCUUUAAUGCUUAUAUGAUAAUGAAUGGUUUUGGUCUUA